AUGAAUUCUAAAAUCAUUUCUUUUUUAUUAACUUCUUCUUCUGAUAAAGUCCAUUAUAUUAUGAUAUCUUCAAGUAAUUUCAAUACAAUUGUUGAUGAUGAAACGAAAAAUGUAGUUGUAAAGUUUUAUGUUCCUUGGUGUAAUAUUUGUAAGAGUAUUCAAUCCAAAUAUGAACAACUAAUUGAUAUAUAUAAAAAUGAAAAAGAUCUUAUCAUAGCACAAAUGGAUUGUUCAGAAUUACAAAACAAAGUUAUUUGUUCUGAUAAAUUUGGAAUUCAUGGAUAUCCAACAAUUACAUUUUUCCCAAAAGAUUUUAAAUAUGGAAAGGAUUUUAUGUAUGAACAUGAAGUUCAUAUUUAUGUUAAUAGAAUAAAUAAAGAAUUUAAUUAUUUCCGUAUGGAGAAUGGACAAUUGAAUAAAUAUGCAGGAAGAAUUCCUAAAAUUGAUAAGUUAUUGCAACAAAUAUCAAAUACUAGUCAAUUAAAAGAAGUUGAGGACAAAAUAAAAAAAUUAGAUAUUCACAACAAUUAUAUGUCAAUACUUUCCAAAAUAUUAACAGAAGGAAAAGACUUUAUUUAUGAAAAAAUUGAGUCUCUUAAAAAUAAAAUCCAAUCAACAAUUGGUGAAGAACAAGAUAAAGUAAUCAUAGAAUAUAAUGUCUUAGAACAAUUCAAAUGA